AUGGCAAGGAGCGAGUUUGAAGUGUCGGCCUACCUUCGGAAUGACCACCUCGAGAUCGAAUGCAUCAUCACUGUCAUGAAAAAAGUGCGGGUGUCUGAAACCAGGGUACCCCUGUCCGGCAUCGCUGCGCAGCUUGCCAAGAUGUUGGAAGCAAAUGAUAUUCCAGCGGACAUCAAAUUCAACGUUGGAGGGGUGGUCUUCGGAGCACACAAGCUUGUCCUUGCUAUACGAUCACCUGUGUUCAAGGCAGAGUUCUAUGGGCCGAUGAAGGAGACAGGAACGCCGUUCAUAACCAUCAAGGACAUGCAACCUGAUGUCUUCAAGGCCCUGCUCCAUUUCAUCUACACCGAUUCAUUGCAGAUCACGGAUGAUCUCGAGGGAAAUGAUCGCGCUGAGAUGGUCCAGCACUUGCUCGUGGCUGCUGAUCGGUAUGAUAUGGAAAAGCGAAAACCGGUAUGUGAGAGAAUCCUUUGCGAUAAUUUUGAUGUGGAGAAUGUUGCAACUAUGCUGGCUUUAGCAGAUCAACAUCGUUGUGACAUUCUAAAUGAUGCUUGUGUUGGAUUUAUCUCCUCUCAAAAGAUUAUGGACUCUGUAGCGGCAACCCAAGGGUACGCGGAUCUCAAAAGAAGUGGUCCGUCUAUCCUUGUAGAUGCACAGUUGAAGAUUAUGCGGAGACUCUACAAAAACUUAGAUCAGCAGGUGACUGCGAGAUGA